UUCCGUGACCCGGAAAUACUUCUUUAAGUGUUGCUGACUAGACGUUGUUGAAGCGUCGUAUUAACCGAAUCACAAAAAUAGAACAAGUAGACGGACAUUUCAACCAAAAUGUCAAAAUUACAGUUGUUGCAAGCGUUUCUCUCCGAUCGAUUAACAACAGUGGCUGUAGAGAUAUCCGUGGUAGUGGAAAAGGCGUUUGCAGAGUACCAGGAUGAGAUAUCACGUUCAAAGGAGGAGAAUCAACGCCUGCAGAGGCUGCUGGAUUCGGUUUUUAAUCCCGAUCUGAAAUUACAUAAAGCAGACCCCCUGCAGCUCACUCUCACUGUCUCUGAAGAUGAGGUUCCCUCUGACCAGCAGCACUCUGAGCAGGUUUGGAGUGAUCAAGAGGACACAGAGUUCUUCAUUCCCUGUGUGGAAAGUGACAGUGAUCAGGGCUCACACUUUUACCAAACUGGGAAGAACAGCAAGAGGGACUCCCUAUCCACAAUUGCAGCAGAACAGAUCCAAACAAAACCUGAUGGAGAGGAUGACGGAAUAUCAGAAUCAACCAGUUAUGCUCCCCUCACACAGCUAAAGCCUCUAAAAAUCAAGAGAACACGGUUAAAGAAAGGACAAAGCUCUUACAUCUGCGCUGAGGUCAAGACAACCAGUGAGCUGAUAGAGCCAUUGAGGGAUCACACAAGGAAGAGGUCCUACAGUUGUACUGAAUGCACAGCAACCUAUGACAGACCAUGUCAUUUGAAAACACACAAGAGAACUCACACCGGUGAGAAACCAUUUGAGUGCAAAGACUGUGGUAAAUGCUUUAACCGCAAGUAUUGCCUGCACGUGCAUAUGUUAACACACACACGGGAGAAACCGUACUGCUGUCAUUAUUGUGGCAAAUGCUUCGCUCUAAACACAAGACUAAUAGAUCAUCUGAGGAUACACACAGGGGAGAAACCAUACAAGUGCCCUUUCUGUGCCAGAUGCUUUACAUUUCUAUCUCACUUAAGUCGUCACAAGAAGCUCCAUACAGGAGAGAGGCCAUUUCAAUGCAAUGUAUGUGGGAAAUGCUACACGCGGAAGGAGCACCUGACAGACCAUAUGAGAUCCCACACUGGAACAAAACCAUACAGCUGUAAGCAAUGUGGCAAAUGCUACAAACUGCAGGGAAACCUGAGAUCGCAUAUGGCGAGUCACACAGGGGGGAAAUCAUGCAAGUGCCCUGUGUGUGGACUAGGUGUUAUAAAUCUUAAUCGCCACAUGCAAGUUCAUGCAGGAGAGAAACCGCAUCAAUGCCAAGAUUGUGGGAAGUGCUUUAACCGAAAGGAAAAACUGACAGAGCACUUAAGGACUCACACAGGAGAGAAACCGUAUCGAUGUCAUGAUUGUGGUGAAUGCUUUAGGCUCAAUGUAACCCUGAAGAAACACAUGAUGACGCACACUGCUGCGACAAGUACUUCUCCAUGAAAGAAGAUAUGAGAACUCAAGAGGACACACACAGGGACAAAUCUGUUCACUGCUCAGUGCAUUGCAUGUUUCAGCAAUAUUGUUUAGAUUGAAUUUGAACAAUGUUUCAGUCAGAAGGGUACAAAAGCUGAAAAACAUACGCACAUCCAGUCAGAAGGGUACCUUGAACUGUGACAUGUGGUUUUAAACAGGACAGAAACUGUAUAGGUGCAAUCAUUCUGGUCAAUGCCCUAAUCAAAAGGCAUGCUUGAAAAACAUUUUUUUUAAACAUUUACUGUGCAUUUUUGAUGCAUUUGAAGAACACAACACCACAGUAUGUGCAAAAAGAUCAAUCUUGAAAGAGGUUUGUGAGGUGCAAAUGAACAGUAUAUGUCGAAAAUAAAGAUUUGACCUCGUAGCUAUUAUGAUUUUAAAUUAUUUACAGUGACAAAAAUAUAAACGCAACAUAUUUCAAGAGCUGAAAAAAAAGAGCCCCGAAUUUUUCCAUACACACAAAGCUUAUUUCUCUCAAAUGUUGUGCACAAAUUUGUUUACAUCCCUGUUAGUGAGCAUUUCUCCUUUGCCUAGGUAGUCCCUCCACUUGAUAGGUGUGGCAUAUCAAGAAGCUUAUUAAACAGGAUGAUCAUUACCUAUGUGCAGCUUGUGCUGGGAACAAAAGGCCACACUAAAAUGUGUAGUUUUAUCACACAAAACAAUGCUGCAGAUGUCUCAAGUUUUGAGGGAGCAUGCAAUUGGCAUUCCGACUGCAGGAAUGUCCACCAGAGUUGUUGCCAGAGUAUUGAAUGUUUAUUUCUCUCCUAUAAGCUGCCUCCAACGUCGUUUUUGAGAAUUUAGCAGGAAGUCCAACCGGCCUCAUAACCGCAGACCACGUGUAACCACGCCAGCCCAGGACCUCCACAUCCGGCUUCUUCCCCUGCGGGAUCUUCUGAGACAAGCCACCCGGACAGCUGUUGAAACUGAGGAGUAUUUCGGUCUGUAAUAAAGCCCUUUUGUGGGGAAAAACUCAUUCUGAUUGGCUGGGCCUGGAAUCCAAAUGGGUGGGCCUAUGCCCCUGCCCACCCAUGGUUGCCCAUUCAUGUGAAAUACAUAGAUUAGGGCCUAAUUAAUUCCUUUAUAUGAACUGUAAAUCAGUAAAAUCGUUGAAAUUGUUGCAUGUUGCGUUUAUAUUUUGUUCAGUAUAUUAUUUCAUAAUUUCUUGUUAACAAUAUUAAACUUAGAUCUUCACCGUCAGUUAUACUGUAAAUGCUUAUGCAAACACUGUUGCCUUCCCUAGGUUUCCCCCCAUUUGGAGACCAGUCUUUUUUUUUAAUGUGUUUUGAGUUGCAGUAACCUUUUAUUUAAUAUAUUUUGUGUGCCUCAUUCUAAUUUAGUAUGAUUUCUUUGGCAGUGACCUUUUAUUUAAUAUAUUCUGUAUUCCUUAAUUUUCGUACAAAAGCUGAAGAAAAUACAUCAUGUUUUUUUUUUGCAUGUGCUGGAGUUAUAGGGGGAACUACCUCAUGCGCCCAGAUGAUUUUGUUACAAUGGAUGGAUGCCUGAUGAGCCCUAAGGGUCAAAAUGUUGUAACUUCAAAAUCACUUGGGAGCAUGAACAGCAGUGUGCGCCAUUUUGCUUUUAUUUUUCACCUCAUUCUAAUUUUACACGAUCUAUGGCUUGCUGUGUUUCUCCCUUGUGUUUUCUAAUUGAUUCAUUGCUGUGCUCCUUGAAGAUGGGAGUUGGCCCAGGCAUGCCACAACUGGGCCUGAUUUUGAUUUAAAGAGCUCCCACACAAUUGAAAAGGAGCUUUCAGCCCCAGUCUAGGCCUGCUGCUGUUGGGAGAAGACACCCAGUCAGCAUAGAUACCAGGAGCCAGAGGGGGACCAGAGUCGACAACGCUCUCUACCACACAGAUAAAUGGCAAUCGAUCCCUAAGCAUGUGAGGGUGAGGUCGAAUACUUCUAAUCAGAAUGGAUCCCUCCCUCAUCCAUGUUUUUCUCUCUCCCUCUGGCUACCACUGCUGUUCCGUGGGCUGGGUGCCCAGAAUGGAUGACGGUGCGUGACUACCGACAACGAACAAACGAUGGAAUGGUGGUGGCCAUCUUGAGGACCUCCAGCAGCAUGGAUUGUAUCUCUGUAUUUGCAGGUUCCAUCAAGUAUAAUUUUUGAUUUUAUAAGACCUUUUUAAUGCCACUUGAAAUUAAAUUUAAUACCAAUUUUGAGGUCUGCAUGCGCCACAAACCUUCUAAUAUUCCCCCAAAAAAUUCACGCCGUCACCAAUAGAAAAAAAUGAGUAGGCUAAUCAUCUUCUAAUAUCAUAGAAAGUACAAACAUCGUGCUGGACUCCACCUUAAACUUAAUUUGGGUGCUGGAUCCUCGUAUCUCGUGUGUGUGUGUGUGUGUGUGUGUGUGUGUGUGUGUGUGUGUGUGUGUGUGUGUGUGUGUGUGUGUGUGUGUGUGUGUGUGUGUGUGUGUGUGUGUGUGUGUGUGUGCGUGCGUGCGUGCGUGCGUGCGUGCGUGCGUGCGUGCGUGCGUGCGCGUGCGUGCGUGCGUGCGUGUGUGUAUAAUCCAAAGAUCAGAAAUAGGUAAAUAAACGUACAUUUGUAUUGCCGCACAAACGUUCGGUACGAGCCCAUGAAACAUUUGCAUAAUUGGGCAAAACUGGCAAUCCCAUAGCAGUUCCUUGAACCUGUAGAAAUGUUUGAAGACCAUUAUCUUCAGGUUUAAGGAACUGCUAUGGGAUUGCCAGUUGUGCCCAAUUAUGCAAAUGUAUUUAUGGGCUUGUAACGAAAGGGGAAAUUUGAGUUGGACUUUUUAUAUGGUAAUAAUCUCCUAUUCUAAGUUUAUCAAAGUGUUUUAUGAGAUCGAUGACAUCUUUUUUUCAUUUGGUCAGGUAAUGAUCUUAAAUUGGAAGAAUUUUAUACAUACAUGAAUUCAUUAAUGCCAUCCAUUAAAUUACGUUAGGAUCCGAUAAAGAACAUGUUUCCUUUUUGGAAAGAUGGCAAUUGCUUGCACACUGAGGUGUACAGAAAAUAACCGUAUUGAAAUCCCUUUCUUCAUUUCAACAGUUAUCAUACUUUUUUUUUUUUUUACCAUAUAGCCAACUCCUUCGCAUUAGGCACAUUUGUGACUGUGAUUUAUCAUUCAAUGUACAUGCCAAAGAUUUCUGUGAACGAUUCUAAACAAGAGAGUAUAAAGAGUCAUUAUUGGACAAUUGCCUUUAGAGAGUAAGACGAGCGGAAUGCAUUAUUGCAACCACAUCAAAGGAAUCCCUCUCCUCUCUCAGCAACGUUGGUGUCCAUCUACAGUCCUAUUUCAAGGUCGAUCAAGGACGUGGUUAAUUGACAUUGGCACAUAUUACACAGAGACCCCAGCUUUGGUAAAGCGUUUGUAUCCCCUCUGAGGUUUUGCUAUAAGAGACCCUCAAAUUUAAGGGAUUGUUUAGGAAACUCAUAUUGACCUAAGAAAAAAAGCAGCACAUUUUGUGUAUCAUUCCUGAUCGCAAUUUCCCUUGUCACGACUGUGUCCGCUGUUAUGCCAUGAUCAGAGGGAACUUUCUUAUCCAUCCCCAACCGGGUGAGAGGAUAAAGGUUUGAGGUAGAAUAACAUGUAACACGAAAUAUGUUGUAUAUCUCCUUAAGUGUUCCUGUAACUUUUAUUAUGCGGAUAAGACCAAAUGUGGAGUUAAGACAAGGAUAUGUGAGCAUAAGAGCUCCAUUCGCAGCCAUGAUGAAAAAUCACCUGUUGUCAGGCAUUUCAAUAGCCAUAAUCAUGAUCUAAGUGCCUUACUUUAUAUGGGUAUUGAAUUGGUGAAGGCACCAUAUAGGGGAGGAUAUGGGGAUAAAUGACUUCUCCAAAGAGAGAUGCAUUGCAUUCGGAAAGUAUUCAGACCCCUUGACUUUUUCCACAUUUUGUUUCAUUACAGCCUUAUUCUAAAAUUUCUAAAAUUGUUUUUCCCCCUCAUCAAUCUACACACAAUACCCCAUAAUGACGAAGCAAACACAGGUUUUUAAAUUUUUUUCACAAACUUUACUCUGUACCUUGUUGAACACCUUUGGCAGCGAUUACAGCCUCGAGUCUUCUUGGGUAUGACACUACAAGCUUGGCACACCUGUUUUUGGGGAGUUUCUCCCAUUCCUAUCUGCAUAUCCUCUCAAGCUCUGUCAGUUUGGAUGGGGAGCAUUGCUGCACAUGUAACAGAUGUAAAUCGUACUCUCCUUGCAUUGUGUUUUGUCCAAAUAAAUCACCCCAGACAGUG